AUGAGGGUGUGGAUCAUCUUCCUGCUAUGCCUGGCUGGGCACGCUGCAGCUGCUCCAACUGAGGAAAAGCCAAUGGACGAGGCGCUGGUGCCAGAGGAGCAGCAGCCAAUGGACGAGGAGCCAGCGAUGGACGAGGAACUGGUGGUGGACGAGCCCGCCGUGGAGGAUUCCGUUGUCCAGGCUAAGGAGGAGGAGGUGGGAGUCAACCCGGUGCAGGUGGAGACCGACGACUUUGAUGAGGCCAUCGAGCUGGAAGACGACGAUGUCACUGAGAACCCAUGUCUGCAGCACCAGUGCAAGAAGGGCAAAGUGUGCGAGGUGGACGAGAGCAACACCCCCGUGUGCGUGUGUCAGGACCCGUCCACCUGUGCGCCCGCCGAGGGAGUCUUUGAGCACGUUUGCGGCACUGACAACAAGACAUACGACACUUCUUGUCACUUCUUCGCCACCAAGUGCGCCUUGGAGGGAACCAAAAAGGGCCACAAGCUGCACCUGGACUACAUCGGGCCCUGCAAAGAUAUUGAGCCGUGCAUGGACAACGAGCUGACGCAGUUCCCCCUGCGCAUGAGGGACUGGCUGAAGAACGUCCUGGUGACUUUGUACGAGCGCGACGAGGACAACAACCUGCUGACCGAGAAGCAGAAGCUGAGGGUGAAGAAGAUCUACGAGAACGAGAAGAGGCUACAGGCGGGCGAACACACCCUGGACCUGCUGGCUCAUGACUUUGUCAAGAACUACAACAUGUACAUCUUCCCCGUGCACUGGCAGUUCAAGCAGCUGGACAUGCACCCCGCCGACGGCUACCUGACUCACACCGAGCUGGCCCCCCUGCGCGCCCCCCUCAUUCCCAUGGAGCACUGCACCACGCGCUUUUUUGAGGAAUGCGACGCCGACGGCGACAAGUACAUCGCCUUGGAGGAGUGGGCCGCAUGCUUCGGCAUCAAGGAGCAGGACGUGGACAACGAUCUCCUCAUCUAA